AUGAAGUUGGUUGAAGAGAAGGCAAAAAGCUGUCGGUGGAGGCAUGAGGCACCAGUGCACCGACAACUGAUCCGUGACAUAAAAUUCCGCUACGGUCCAAAGACAAAGGCUACAGAAAUCCAUCGCGAUCCUGAACGCCAGUAUUCCAAUUACAGUAUCCAAACCAUCCGCACAAAAGUAAAAGAAGUUCGUCUAUUGGUCCAGAACUUGCAUUGCUAUGACAUGUGGCCGGAUAACACUACAGCAUUCUUGGAAUCAUGCGAGCUCGAUCGCUUGCCUGAUCCAACAGAGAACUUCUUGCGAAGCAGCAAAGCAACAUCCUCCGACGCCGCUGCAUUGGAUUUAGAGGUUGCUGAGCUCACUAAUCGUUUGGUUAAGAAGGAUGCCGAAAACAAAGAGAUCAAGAGGGCGAGGGAUCAGCUGCAAGCCGAGUACAAUCAGAUUGUGAAUGACAGACAAAGCUUGCAAGUUGCAUGCAAUCAGAUCGCAAAAGUAAGAGACAGGCUGAAUACCGAAAACAAGAAGAUCAAGUUCGCAAAGGACAAGCUGCAAGCUGAAUUCCAUCAGACCCUAAUCAAAAUUCGGAAUGGAAUUGAUCAGAUCGCACAGGACCGGGACAAACUGACUACCGAAAACAAGCAGAUCAAAAGCGCAAUGGGUAAUCUGGAAGCUGAAUUCCAGCAGACCAAGAACAAAAAGCGCAACAUUGAAGAUGCGUUUAAUCGGAUCACACAAGACCGGGAUAAGCUGGAUACCGAAAACAAGCAGAUCCAGAGUGCCAUAGAUAAGCUGCAAGUUGAGUUCCAACAGACCAAAGCCAAAAAGCGCAACCUUAAAGAUGCAUACAAUCGGAUCGCAUACGACCGGGAUAGGUUAUAUACAGAAAACAAGCGGAUGAAGAGAGAGCAAAUCGAACUAGCGCAGGAGAUGAGAGGAUUCGUGGAAACGACCAAGCAGUCAAUGAGUCAUCACAAUGAUACACUGUGGGAACAAUGCGAGGCGAUCAUGAAGAACGAGCUCUCUUUUGCGCAAAGGAUUAUGCAUGUAGACUAA